CUGAGGUGGGGGUGUAGUGUCCCUGCCGGUAGGACCGAGCGAGCCUGCCUGCCUCACUUCUGACUGUGAAACACCCCGGGUCUAGGUACCUGGCGAGCGGUGGAAUCCGUGACAAGUUUCUAUGAUGGUCGGUUCAGCUCUCAGGCAAGUCGCCCGUGCAUGUGUCUCCCUGCUGAGCAAGGCCAGUCACGUCUCCAGAGGCCAUCAGCAUCAGGCCUGGGGCUCGAGGCUUGCUGCUUCUGAGCUUGCUGCCCAAGGAGCUCCCGGCCACGUGGUGGAGCUGCUGGGCAAGUCCUACCCUCAGGAUGACCACACCAACCUCACCCGGAAAGUCAUCUCAAGGGUAGGUAGGAACCUGCACAACCAGCAGCAUCACCCUCUGUGGCUGAUCAAGGAGAGGGUGAAGGAGCACUUCUACAAGCAGUACGUGGGCCGCUUUGGGACCCCGCUGUUCUCGGUCUACGACAGCCUUUCUCCAGUGGUCACAACCUGGCAGAACUUUGACAGCCUGCUCAUCCCAGCUGACCACCCCAGUAGGAAGAAGGGGGACAACUAUUACCUGAAUCGGACGCACAUGCUGAGAGCGCACACGUCGGCGCACCAGUGGGACUUGCUGCAUGCAGGGCUGGACGCCUUCCUGGUGGUGGGCGACGUCUACAGGCGCGACCAGAUCGACUCCCAGCACUACCCUAUUUUCCACCAGCUGGAAGCUGUCCGGCUCUUCUCCAAGCACGAGUUAUUUGCUGGUAUAAAGGAUGGAGAAAGCCUACAGCUCUUUGAACAAAGUUCUCGCUCUGCCCAUAAACAAGAGACACACACCAUGGAGGCCAUGAAGCUUGUAGAGUUUGACCUUAAGCAAACGCUUACCAGGCUUGUGAGACAUCUUUUCGGAGAUGGGCUGGAGAUAAGAUGGGUAGACUGCUACUUUCCUUUUACUCAUCCUUCCUUCGAGAUGGAGAUCAACUUCCAUGGAGAAUGGCUAGAAGUUCUUGGCUGUGGGGUGAUGGAACAACAACUGGUCAAUUCAGCUGGUGCUCAGGACAGAAUUGGUUGGGCCUUCGGUUUAGGACUGGAAAGGCUGGCCAUGAUCCUCUACAACAUUCCUGACAUCCGCCUCUUCUGGAGUGAGGACGAGCGCUUUCUGAAGCAGUUCCGUGUGUCCGAUAUUAAUCAGAAGGUGAAAUUUCAGCCUCUUAGUAAAUAUCCUGCUGUGAUAAAUGACAUUUCAUUCUGGCUGCCCUCUGAGAAUUAUGCAGAGAAUGACUUCUACGACUUAGUCCGGACAAUAGGAGGAGACCUGGUGGAAAAGGUUGAUCUUAUAGACAAGUUUGAACAUCCAAAGUAAGUGAAAA